AUGUCAAUCGAAAAUCUCAAGACCUUCGGUAAGUCUGCCAUCUGCCAUCCCAUCCCAAUCCGUCCAGCAUCAGGCAUGGCUUCCUUAUGCCUGCACACCUCGAUAGACCGCGAAGCCACCUGCUGCUGGUCUCCUUGCCGCCCGCUUCGCUUCGCUUUGCUACGUCAGGUCUUAUCGCAGGAAAACCAGCUAACCUUUGCGUGAUACAGACCCCUUCGCCGAAGCCGACGAAGAUACUGGUGAGACGAAGCAGUCGCAGAACUACAUACACAUUCGUAUUCAGCGUAAGAUUCCUGCCCUUUCUCUUCGCGCACCAGCCCCGCGUUUGUAUGAUCGCGAUGAGUGUGCUGACUUGCACUUCCACCCAUAGAGCGCAAUGGUCGUAAGACUUUGACAACAGUCCAAGGUCUCCCCAAGAAAUUUGAUCAAAAGAAGAUUCUUAAAGUCAUCAAGAAGAAGUUUGGUACGCUUAUUUCCCGUUUGUUUUCAUGCUCCCAGCUCAGUAUGACCCUCCUAUCUGCCUUUCAAGCUAACAUUCGCCUAAGCCUGCAAUGGCACUAUUGUCGUCGACAGCGAGAUGGGAGAGGUGAUUCAACUCCAGGGUGACCAGCGAAAGGAUGUACAAGAGUUCCUCACCGAUAAAAAAGAAGGACUUGAACUAGAUGCCAAGACCAUUAAGGUAGACUCCCCUGUUCCUUUCAACGCUACCCCCGUUUAA